UCUCCUUUCACGUGGUGCGAACCUCACAUUCGUCGCCGUCAAUUGGUCCGGUCGCUGACGCUGACUUCCGGAAACAGUUCUCCGACUCAGUAUUCCUUUUUCGAUCAUCCUUACCUCAUUUCUCUUUAGCUUCCUUCAGGACUAACGGAGUUGGAAGAAACCGCCGCCAGAAAUAAAUUGUUGAAGAUGAGUUUAAUUUCUCAAAAUAUUCUCCGUAAAAACCGAGUCAAUAAGACUAAAAGGGAGGAUGUUGAUGUGCCUUCACCUUUGGAAGGAAAUGAAAAUGAAGAUAGAAAGGAAUUGGUUCCAGAUAUUUUAAGGACUAAGAAGAGGAAGAAAGAACACAAAGAAGAGGAUAAGCAACUGGAAGUUGAGGAGGAAAGAGAAAUGAAGAAGCUGGAGAACUUUUUGUUUGGAUCUCUCUAUGACCCAGUUGAAUUUGGGAAGGUAGGUGAGGAAGAAGUACAAACCAAGGCAGAGAAAGAUUCUACUUUGUUCUUCACUGAUCGAUCGGCUAAUAGUGCUCUAUCUUUUUAUGAGGAGGAUGCAGAAUUCCCAGAGGAAAGUAGUGGUGAAGAGGACACCAAGCAAAGGAAACCCGUCUGGGUGGAUGAAGAAGAGGAGAAAACCAAUAUAAAUAUUUCUAAAGUUAACAGAUUGAGGAAGCUGAGGAAGGAAGAGGAUGAGAGUUUAAUUUCUGGUUCGGUUUAUGUCUCACGAUUGAGAGCUCAGCAUGCUAAGCUGAAUCCAGGAACAGAGUGGGCCCAACUUGAUUCAUGGUCAAGGACUUACAGCUCUGAUUAUGGUGAAUCAUCAGAUGAAGAAAAUGGGGCAGUGAUUGCUCCAGGUCAUAAGGAUGUUGAAGCCGUUGAUGAUAUCCUUCGGACAAAUGAAGACCUGGUUGUGAAAAGCAGUACGAAAUUGUUGCCUGGACUUCUGGAAUAUUCAAGACUGGUAGAUGCAAAUGCAGAGGAUCCUUCCAAUGGUCCUAUUAAUUCGGUUCAAUUCCAUUGUAAUGCUCAGUUGCUGCUUACUGCUGGACUAGACCGAAGGGUCAGAUUUUUUCAAAUUGAUGGCAGAAGGAACACCAAAAUUCAAAGUAUCUUCCUUGAAGAUUGCCCUAUUCGGAAAGCAUCUUUCUUGCCCGAUGGGUCUCAGGUUAUCAUAGCGGGGAGAAGAAAGUUCUUUUACAGCUUUGAUUUAGUGAAAGCCAAAGUUGAUAAAAUAGGACCCUUGAUUGGUAGGGAGGAGAAAAGCUUGGAAGCUUUUGAGGUUUCCCCUGAUUCUGGUACCAUUGCCUUUGUGGGCAAUGAAGGUUACAUCUUGUUGGUUUCAUCAAAAACAAAGGAACUGAUUGGAACCCUUAAGAUGAAUGGAACUGUUCGUUCAUUAGCUUUUGCUGAUGAUGGGCGGCAAUUAUUAAGCUCGGGUGGAGACGGACAUAUUUACCACUGGGACUUGAGAACAAGGACUUGCUUCCAUAAAGGUACAGAUGAAGGCUGCAUAAAUGGUACAGCUCUCUGUGCUUCCCCAAGUGGAGCUUUGUUUGCUGCAGGUUCAGCCAGUGGGAUUGUGAAUGUUUACAAUAAAGAAGAGUUUUUAGGCGGCAAGAGGAAACCAAUGAAAACCAUAGAGAACGUAACCACCAAAGUGGAUUUUAUGAAAUUUAACAAUGAUGCUCAGAUAUUGGCUAUCAGUUCCAGCAUGAAGAAGAACAGUUUAAAGCUGAUACACAUUCCAUCAUAUACUGUAUUCUCGAAUUGGCCUCCCCCGAAUAGGACUCUGCAUUAUCCACGUUGUUUGGAUUUUAGCCCUGGUGGAGGUUUCAUGGCAGUGGGAAGUGCCGCUGGAAAAGUGUUGCUCUACAAGUUGCAUCAUUACCAGCAUGCAUAGAGCAAAUGCAUGUGAUCCUGGCAAUGUCUCAUCACAAUGCCCUUGCUCUUUGUUCCUCCCAACUCAUGAAACUUCAGGUACUUAAGCCGAGGGCAGCACAGCUGCCUCUGUUUUUCCCUUUAUUUGGUUCUUCUUUUGGAUUAAACUAUAGCUUUCCUAAACCUCCUCUUCAUGAAAACGUGUGGAUGGUUUAGAUUCAAACUGGUUUUCACGUCAUAACUUGUUUUCUAUUAUUUAUGCUGUGAACCAGUGAUUAAUUUUGGGAAAGUUUUGAGGUGUUGUAGCCGA